GCGCCAAUCCACCUCUGCUUAAUGUGCUCUCUGGCUGAACGGCGUGAUGCCGGCUCGUGCGCCGACCCAUUCACGUCUGUCGCUGAUAUGGUGUUGACUGGGUGCUACGGGUUUAAAUAUCCGAAUAACACAAGCGGCUGGUCGGUCCAGAAAGAUCGCCCGGUGGCAUCGCUUGUCAGGACGGCAGAUUGCACCGCUGGAGCAGCCGGGAUGCGGGCUGCAUGUUAGUUGUUAGCUAGCAGUAAAGCGAGGGCUGGGAAGCUGCCGGCCAAAGACGGCGAUCAUCCACCUGGAAGCAGCUAGCGGCUUAAUUUCGCUUCUUUGUUAUUAGCGCUUAGCUGCUUUAGCCGUAGCUUGGGCGUCGAGCAUAGAGCGAUGAGUUCGUUCGGGCUGGACCGCUUUCGCUACGGAAAGGACAAGGCGAGGAUUAAAAAGGAGUCCCCUCCGAGGCGGGGGCACGUCGGAUCAGUUAGUCCCGAUUCGGAAAAGGAGAAUCUGACCGAUACGGUCAUCCCAGAGACCCCCGAGUUCAAAUGUCCAUCAGGGUCCAAACUGGGGAAGAGUGAAGACUGUGUGCUGCUGGAGUCAGACUCGGAUGAUGAUGUCUUUGGAGCGUCAGUGUUGAGUGGGAGGCUGAGCACGCCGCCGAGAGGAGUUAUCGUGCUGUCGGAUGAGGAAGACUCCACAGAGGGGGCCACAGAGCAGAGGCUGGCCAAGCUGCAGGAGCUCUUUCCUCACAUAGACAGGAAGGAGCUGCUGGAGGUGAUCAAGGAGACAAGCACUCUGGAUGGAGCUGUGGCCUGCUGUACACUCAGAUUUCGGGAUGAAGAGCCAAGCCGCAAGAGAAAGCUGAGUGGCUCAGAUGCAGACGAGAGAAAUUCUCAGGUCACUAAGAAGAGGAAGGAUUCUGUGACAGAUGACUCUGCAGAAGAGGGUCCAGAGCCAAGCUGGAAAGAUCAGGAACUUAUGGUGAGGAGACUUCAGAGGAAGUUCCCCAGCCUUGACAAAGAGGAAUUGAGAGAUGUUCUCCAGGAGCAUGACUGGCUCUAUGAAGAUACCUUGGAGGCUCUUCGCAUGUUUUCUGAAGCAGUUGACUCCUCCCCAUCUGAUGUCCCGGAGAAUACGCCCCAAAACAACGUCACUCCCCGGAGCCCCAGCCCUGUGUGGCAGAGGAGACAGUCAGGCUCAGAAACGCACUCCAGGGGAACUAGGCAGAAGAGCAGAGGUAGCCCCCCGAGUAGGGCAACCACAGCGCCCCGAGGGCCGCGCCCAGACAGGACCAGUGCGACGUCCUCGUCAGCCUUGCACAAGCAUCCGGUCAGGGCUAACAAGGCAAAGGCUAAAUCGGAGGAGAAGAGUGCCGUUCCCCUCCCUCUGGAGGUGGAGAGCGGGUCAGACAGCGAGGGCUCCGUCAGCAGCGAGUUUGGGGGCUCCUCGGGGCAGUCGGACUCAGACCGGGAGGACAAUGUCAACCCCAAACUGAAGACCCAGAUCCUGGAGUUCUUCCAAGAGGCCUCCGUAGAUGAACUGUCCCUCAUUACUGGCUGCUCAGUAAAGAAGGCCCAGAAGAUCGUGGAGCUGCGGCCCUUUAAGACCUGGGAGGAUCUGUAUGAGGCUUUCCACAAGGGGAACGGCCUGUCGCCAGAGCUGGUGUGGGGGUGCCGCAUGGUGCUGAAGGAGAGGGAGGUGGUGCUCGGUCUGAUGAGCAAGUGCGAGCGGAUCUCCCAGAAGAUGGUGCACGAUGUGACGAAGGUCAUCGAGAGGGGAGCCGGCGCCAUCGAGCAGCCGCGCAUCCUCAACAGCAGGUUGGAGCUGAAGUCAUACCAGCUGAUCGGGCUGAACUGGCUGGUCAUGCUGCAUCAGAACCAGCUGAGCGGAAUCCUGGCGGACGAGAUGGGUUUGGGAAAGACCAUCCAGGCCAUCGCUUUCCUGGCCAGUCUGUACCAAGAGGGAAACGCUGGCCCCCACCUCAUCACCGUGCCAUCCUCCACUCUGGUGUUCUCUAUGAAAUCAUCUGAGGAACAGAGCAGCUUUGAGAGGGACCGGAUCGCUCAGGCCAAGCUGAUCAUGAAGCCCUUCAUCCUGCGGCGAGUAAAAAGUGAGGUCUUGAAGCAGCUGCCUGAAAAGGAGGAGCGAGUUGAGUUCUGCCCCAUGAGCGACAGGCAGGCUCGUCUGUACGAUGCCCUCUUUCGAAAACUGAAGGGCUCUGCCUCUGGAGAAAAGCGGGACCUCUGCAACGUGAUGAUGCAGCUGAGGAAGAUGGCCAACCACCCACUGCUUCAUCGGCAGCACUACACCCGCGAGAGGCUAGCUGCCAUGAGCCAACUCAUGCUGAAGGAGCCGACGCACCGUGACGCAGACCCGGCACUGAUUCAGGAGGACAUGGGGGUGAUGUCGGACUUCGAGCUGCACUGCCUCUGCUCGCAGUAUUCCACCCUGCACGGCUUCCAGCUGCAGAGCGACCAGCUGCUCGACUCGGGCAAGUUCGCCGUGCUCACCGAGCUGCUGGCCACCCUCAAGGACAAGGGUGACCGUGUGGUGCUCUUCAGCCAGUUCACCAUGAUGCUGGACAUUGUGGAGGUCCUUCUGAAACACCUGACCCUCCGCUACCUGCGGCUGGAUGGCUCUACGCCCAUGGCCGACAGGAUUGGCCUCAUCGAUGAGUUUAAUACUGACCCUGACAUCUUCGUGUUCCUGCUGUCCACGAGGGCGGGGGGGCUGGGCAUCAACCUCACUUCCGCCAAUGUGGUCAUUUUGCACGACAUCGACUGUAACCCCUACAACGACAAGCAGGCGGAGGACCGCUGCCACCGUGUGGGUCAAACCAGGACGGUGAAGGUGAUAAAGCUGGUCUCAAAGGACUCCAUCGAGGAUUGCAUGCUGCGCGUCGGCCAGAAGAAGCUGAAGCUGGAGCAGGAUAUGACUGCCACAGAGGGAGGAGAUGAAGAUUCCAUACCAGAGGACAUGGCUUCCCUCUUGAAGGCUUCUUUGGGACUGUGAGCUCCCUCACUGACUAUAAAUUGGGGGAAAUCCGUGUCACUGUCCUGUUCCCUCUACUAAUGGGUUUGGAGCCAGCCAAUGAACACUCAAAGCUCCUGUCAGGAUCCCUAAGCAUUUUGGGACCUGUGUGUGUACCACUGUCCUGGGUGCUGGAUACUGAACAGCCCUGCCAACCCACCAGGGGGCGCUGGACCACAAGACCUUUUUUAUGUUCUGCUUGUUACUGUGAUAUUGACGUUGGACGCUGUUCUCGGUGCCUUAUGUGUUGUAUUGGGAUUUUUUUUGUUUUACUCCUAAAAUGUAAAGCUGUAUUGAAAACUGUUGAUAAAUUAGUGUAAAAAGCAACUGUUUUCAUAGCACUGAUGGUUGACAUAGAGAUGAAAUGGGGUGAACUCACUGGAAGACAGUGUAAGUGUCUAAAGAUAUGGUUAAAUAAAUAAAUUUUAAAAAUUA